AUCCUCAAUUUUGCGAAGUCGGACAGAGAUGGAGCUUCGGCCCCGCAAUAAGGCGAUUCCUCCAUCGAUUGAAGUUGUGGAUCUCGAGGAAGAAACUGGUACCAACUCUAAUGACGAACCUUAUGCUAUAUCUUCAGAUGACGAUUCAAUCGGCUCUGAUUUUCAAGUUGACGAGGAGGAGGAGGAGGUGGAGUUCGAGGAGGUCGAUGCUAAUGAUGAUAUACCAAAUCCUGUACCUGUUCUUGCCCCUGAGCCUUUGGCAAUUGCAAACUUACCAAGAGCAAGCAAGAAAAGGAAAAAAGCUUGUGCAAGCAAAGAGAAAGAGAAAGAAGUGCUAAUGUGGGAGAUUUGGGAAAAAGAGCAGAAUAGAUGGAUUGAUAAACAUAUGGCAGAGGAUGUUGAUUUGGAUCAGCAGAAUGCUCUGAUUACCGAAACUGCUGAGCCGCCUCCAGAUUUGAUUAUGCCGCUAUUAAGGUACCAAAAGGAAUUUUUGGCUUGGGCAUCAAAACAGGAACAGUCAGUUGCAGGAGGGAUUCUCGCGGAUGAGAUGGGAAUGGGAAAAACAAUACAAGCCAUCUCUCUUGUUCUUGCCAGACGAGAAGUUGACAGGGCACAGUUUGGGGAAGCAGUGGGGUGUACCCUGGUUCUUUGUCCUCUUGUUGCUGUUUCUCAGUGGUUAAAUGAGAUUGCUCGGUUUACAUCCCCGGGAAGCACUAAGGUCCUUGUAUACCAUGGGGUGAAGAGAGAGAAGAAUAUUAAAGAGUUUAUGAACUACGACUUUGUUUUGACAACAUAUUCCACAGUUGAGAGUGAAUAUAGGAGACACAUUAUGCCGCCCAGGGUGCAAUGUGAAUAUUGCAGCAAGUCAUUUUACCCGAAGAAACUUUUGGUCCACCUGCGAUAUUUUUGUGGACCUUCGGCUGUCAAAACAGCAAAACAAUCUAAGCAGAAAAGGAAGAAGUCUACAGCUUCAUCCUCACAGAAAGGCAAGGAGGCUGAUGCAGGAGAGGAUAACAAAAUGAAGAAUACUAAGAAGAAGACCAAACAAACAGUAGAAGAAGGUCAGUUAGGUUCAGAUGAAAGAGAGAAGUCUCUUUUGCACUCUGUUAAGUGGAAUCGGAUAAUUUUGGAUGAGGCUCAUUACAUCAAAGAAAGACGUAGCAACACGGCAAGAGCUGUUUUUGCUUUGGAGGCUACCUAUAGAUGGGCUCUGAGUGGCACUCCUCUCCAAAAUCGUGUUGGAGAGCUUUACUCCCUGAUCCGCUUCUUGCAAAUUCGCCCAUACUCAUAUUACUUUUGCAAGGGUUGUGACUGUAGAAUUCUUGAUUACGCUGCGCAUCAAAGCUGCCCUCACUGCCCUCAUAAUUUAGUUCGACAUUUCUGUUGGUGGAACAAGUAUGUGGCCAAGCCAAUAACAGUACAUGGAAGCUUCGGACUAGGAAAGAGAGCCAUGAUAUUGCUUAAACAUAAAGUUCUGAAGGACAUCCUUUUAAGACGUACUAAAUUGGGCCGGGCAGCUGAUCUUGCUCUUCCUCCUAGAAUUAUCUCUUUGAGGCGGGAUACACUAGAUGUAAAGGAGUCUGAUUACUAUGAAUCACUAUACAAAAACAGCCAGUCAGAAUUUAAUACGUAUAUUGAGGCUGGGACAUUGAUGCAUAACUACGCACAUAUAUUUGAUCUUCUCACCCGUCUGAGACAGGCUGUUGAUCAUCCAUACCUUGUGGUGUAUUCCAAUUCUAGUGGCGCUAAUGCUAACUUGGUUGAUGAGAACAAAAAUGAGCAAGAAUGUGGUCUCUGCCACGACCCGGCCGAGGACUACGUUGUGACUACUUGUGCACAUGUGUUCUGUAAAGCUUGUUUGAUUGGUUUCUCUACUUCCCUGGGAAAAGUCACCUGCCCGACAUGCUCGAAACUACUGACUGUGGAUUGGACUACCAAAGCUGACACAGAGCAUAAGGCAAGCAAGACAACACUUAAAGGAUUUAGAGCCUCAAGCAUUUUAAAUCGGAUAAAGCUUGAUGAUUUUCAGACAAGUACAAAGAUUGAGGCUUUGAGAGAAGAAAUUAGGUUCAUGGUUGAAAGAGAUGGGUCUGCCAAAGCAAUAGUUUUCAGCCAGUUCACAUCAUUUUUGGACAUUAUAAAUUAUACCCUUGGGAAGUGUGGGGUUAGUUGUGUUCAACUGGUGGGAAGCAUGACCAUGGCAGCUAGAGAUACUGCUAUCAACAAAUUCAAAGAAGACCCAGAUUGCAGAGUUUUCUUAAUGAGCUUGAAAGCCGGAGGGGUUGCUCUUAAUUUAACUGUUGCUUCACAUGUUUUUAUGAUGGACCCUUGGUGGAACCCAGCGGUUGAGAGGCAAGCACAAGACAGAAUUCAUAGGAUCGGACAGUACAAGCCAAUCAGGGUUGUGAGAUUCAUUAUAGAGAACACAGUGGAGGAAAGGAUUCUAAGGCUUCAGCAAAAGAAGGAACUUGUGUUUGAAGGGACGGUUGGUGGCUCCCAGGAGGCUAUAGGAAGGCUGACCGAGGAAGAUAUGAGGUUUCUCUUUACAACAUAACCUCAUCUAAUAGAUAAAACGCUUUUGUAUGGUCAUAAAGAUCUUAUCUGUUUAGGUCUGGGUGCAGAAGUAGAAUGGUAAUGGUAUGUGUAACUUAAGCCCGUUUUUCACUUAUAUCCAGAGAUUUUUUGAUGAUGCUGACACAUCUAUGAUUUUGCUACUCCCUUGUAAGAAAGUGUUUCUGGAUGA